AUGGACUUCGAUCAGUUUAUGAGCUUUCAGCAAAAAACUGGGGGUGAAAAGGACAAUUUUGACCCGAGUGCUAGCGAGGAAGUACAGUAUGGAGGCUCAGUUGAUAAUGGGGCAUCCCACGGCAGACACGCGCCGUUGAGUGUAGAUACAGGACUAAAAAGACCGCCAAGACCUAAUCAAGAUACCUUGGGAGACCCAGAUAGCUUUCUAUUCUCACCUGUCAGUGAUGAAGCGACCGAUGGGUUUCCUCUAAGCUCAACUAUGACUACUCCGACUAUAAAAAUAGAACAGUCUUUUGACGACAACACAAACUUUGAAGCGCUACAAUCCGUUGAAAGACAUCCAAGCUUGGAUAGCCACUCCACAGACCCAAUCCAUAGACCAUUUCUGGCGUCACAGCAGCACCAGCAGCACCAGCAGCAUCUGCCGUCGACAUAUCAUUUGGAUUACGGGCCUUCCCCGAAUUACAGCAGGCCACAAAGUCUGCUGUCGCCAAACGCUUUUGAUGACUCUAUCUCUGCCCAUUCAGGUUCUCUGCACUCCGCUCACUCCCCAAGCUCAUUUAAUGACCAUUUGACUAGCGAAUGGCAACCUCAAAAAUUGGCGCUUUCUCCAGCACCGUCAAGACUUACUAUUGGCGAUGAUGAGUUGGAUGAAAUUUUGAGUGUUCACUCUGGUGCUGAAUCUUUUUACGAUGCUGAGAUUGAGCCCCUAGCAGGAAGCCUUUCAGCCCAACAGCUUGAGUCUUUUUCAGGGUCGCUCGACGACGUUUUUGGAGAAAGGCCAGUUCAGCUGGACUGUGCCAGCCCUAUAGCAAGAAAACUUGAUUUGGGAUCUUCUGAGUUCUUAAAACCGCACAUAUCGAUUGAAGAAUUCAAGUCGUUUUCACCAAAUGACCUAUUGCAUAAUAAAGUCUUGAGCAAUACAUCGUCUCCUGUUUCUUUCCAUACUGCCCGUCAGAACACAGAUUUCCUGUCCGUGAAAACAGAAGAUGGAGCGGUGUUCAGCGACGAGGACCCUGAGGCCCACGCGCUGAUGCGGCAUGGGCGCAAGGUUCGACGUCAGUCGAUACAACUGGCUCGGAGAACCAGCUCUACAAGGCGACGCUUAUCAGUUGAUGAAAAAGCGCGCUCUUUGAGCGAAGAUAGAGAAAAACUACUAGAACUGGCUGCAUUGAAGCCAAGCAAAUCUCAAAACGACUAUGCUGAUUAUAAUGGGGACUUUGAGCCAACCGGCUUGAAAGACGACUCUAUUGAGUCUGGUGACCCCAAGAACGUCCAGAAAAACCUAGCCAUAUACGCAUGCCAUGUUUGCGACAAAAAAUUUACGAGGCCUUACAACCUCAAAUCUCAUUUACGCACUCACACGGACGAGAGACCGUUUGUGUGCAGUAUUUGCGGCAAGGCCUUUGCCAGACAACAUGAUCGUAAGCGACACGAAGAUCUGCACACGGGAAAGAAGAGAUAUGUUUGUCAGGGCAAGCUCAAAGACGGGUCUCAAUGGGGGUGUGGGAAAAAGUUUGCCAGAAGCGAUGCGUUGGGACGACAUUUGAAAACCGAAGGUGGAAAGCGGUGCAUAGCGCCUUUGUGGGAAGAGGUAACUCGUGAAAGAGCUGCCGGGCGAAAAGCCGAGGUUGAUCUACCGAUCGAUUUUUAA